AAUGUAAGAAACCGAACAAAGUUUCUCUCAGCGUAACCUUUUGCCUCUCUCUCUCUCUCUCAUCUUCUCAGCCGAGCCAUCGCCGAUCAGUAAGUUUCUUCGAAUCUCUGCAGCUCCAUCGUCGAAUAUUCGUUUAUGAUCCAUCUAUUUCUGAUAAUUGAAUCUGGUCAUGUCUGUGGUUGGUAACCAUCCAAUUUUCGAAUCUAUCUGUUUUUUUUUUCAAUUGAUGCAGAUAGAGGAAGGAGAUGGGUUGUACGGUAAGAGAUAAGCACGUGAGAGCGGCCCGGAAGAUCCGACCCGCUUACAAACCCGAGCUCGAUCUGGAUAGGGUUGCUCUGUCGAAAUCCAUCGUUGAGUCGAGCCUGAAGAACCUUGUGUAUCACCCAGGUCUCACUGGCUCCACCUCGGGGGCCUGUUGCGUCCAUAGCGGGACUAGUUUCGAGGAGAGCGUGUGGGGUUACUGCACGGAGGAGAAUCUCCAGGAGAUCUUGCUCAAACAUUUGGAGUUUCUGUACGACCAAGCUGUCUCCAAGCUCAUUGAUUUGGGCUGUGAGGAAAGCGUGGCCAUGAGAGCCGUUUUGAGUAACGGCCAUUGCUACGGUGAAUCUGAUGUUUUGAAGAACAUUGUGAAUAACUCUUUGUCGUAUUUGAAUAGCAGCAGCAGCAGCAAUGGUGAUCAGUCAGAGACUGGUUUUACCGAUUUGAGAGAUUUGGAGGAGUACUCCCUUGAUGGUAUGGUUUAUUUGCUGCAACAAGUCAGGCCUAGUUUCAGUAAAGGUGAUGCUAUGUGGUGUUUGUUGAUGAGUGAGCUUCAUGUUGGUAAGGCGAGUACUAUGGAUCUUCCAAACAGGGGAACCUGUUGUGCUAAGGAAGAUAGCCAUGGAGAAGGUACCUUAGAUCUUGCUGGUUUUAUGGCACCUGCCUUGUGCCGUUUCCAUGGAGGUUGGGAUUUUGGGAACGGAGGAGGGCCUGAGUUUUCUGGUAAAGGGUUUUCUAUGAACAAUGCUGAGCUGAAGUUGCAGAGGGAGAUUGAGUGUCCCAGGAGGUUUAAUCUUUCUCCAACCAUGAAGUCCUUGUUGAAGCGGAAUGUCGCUGCCUUUGCUGCUGGGUUUCGUGCUAGUAUGAAGCAGAAGCAGAUAGAUGAUGGAACUAGCGGUGAGGGGGCUGAUCCUACACAUGUGGAGAGUGAAGAAAGUGUCGGUUCGGUGUUGGAGAAGUUUCGUGACCUGAACCUUGAUGAUAAUCUGGAAUCUGUUGGUGAGGAUGAUAAGGAUGGUGUGAUAGUCACACUGCUUCAUCAGGUCAAGGAUCUCGAGAAGAAGUUGAAGGAAAGGAAAGAGUGGGCUCAGAAGAAGGCAAUGCAAGCUGCCCAAAAGGUCAGCGAUGAACUCACCGAGCUCAAAUCACUGAACAGCGAGAGAGAAAGUAUCCAGAUGUUGAAAAAGGGGAAACAAGCUGUUGACGAAUCGACCGUGAAAAGAUUGUCCGAGUUGGAAAACGCUGUUAGAAAAGCUACCUGUCAGCGUGACACAGCUAAUGCAAUUGUAAGAACGCUUGAGAAUCAAAAUGCAGAGAUCCGAGCAGAGAGGGAGGGUCUCAAGUUAAGUGCAUCAGAAUCAAUUAAAGCGUGCACGGAAGAAUCAAAGAAGGAGAAGAAGUGCAUGAAGAAGCUUUUGGCAUGGGAGAAGCAGAAGUUGAAGCUGCAGGAUGAGAUUACAGCUGAGAAAGAAAAGAUCAAAGCCCUUUAUAAGUCAUUAGCUCAGAUAACACAGGAUGAAAAGGAAAUUGAGGCGAAAAGGGUAGAGGAACAGAAAGCCAAGGAGCAAGCUCUGGCACAAGUGGAGGAUGAACAACGCUCAAAAGAAGCAGCUGAGGCACACAACAAGAGAAAGCUGGAGACUCUCAGGUUAAAGAUCGAACUAGACUUCCAACGGCACAAAGACGAUCACCAAAGGCUUGAGCAAGAGCUGUCUCGGCUCAAAGCUUCUUCAGAUACUGACUCAAGCCACUUAUCCAGCAAUGUUUGGGAACCCGAAAGAUCUCAAGGAGAAAACAUAGCUAAGCUGCUUGAAGAACUAGAUAGGCUUGAAGGGUCUUAUGAGAGUGAAGCAAACAAUGAUAGGGAAUGCAUAAUCUGUAUGAAAGAUGAAGUCUCGGUGGUGUUUCUUCCCUGUGCGCAUCAAGUAGUGUGUGGUAGUUGCAGCGAUAAUUUCUUCUCGAGCAACAACGGUGGCGGAGGCAAAGUCACUUGUCCUUGCUGCAGAGCUGUGGUUCAGCAGCGAAUCCAUAUCUUUGGAGCAACCUCGUGAAAACUGAGAUAGCUUCUCUUUGGGAUUUAAAGAGAGCAUCACCACAACUUCAGGUUUUACUUUGCAAGUUCAAAAAAAAUAAAUGCUUAGCUUCUUCGGCAAAGCUUUUUAUACUUGGUAUUUUAUUUUAUUUGGAAAAAGGUUUUCUACGAUGUACAAAAAAAAAAAAUUGUGAUCGUGAUGGAAACUUUUUCGACCUAAUCUUGUUAAAGGUUAUCUUCAA